AUGGCCAGACGAACGACUUCUGCCGACCACCAGGACUCGCUCGACCCAUAUCCUCCUCCUUUCCCCGCCGUGUCCGCUCCACCGUCGUCUUCUGCCGCUGCGUUCCACCUCGCCGCCGCCGCCGCCGCCGCCGCCAGUCCUGCAUCGAGAAAUACUCGCUCUGCUGCUCGAAACGCUGCAGUUGAUAUCGCUUCGAACAGCACUGUCGAGCCUGCCGCCCUUCGCUCGACGAGUCAGCCCUCACGGAAACGUAAAGCAACUGCGCGGCGUGAUAAAGCCCACGACGAGAUAGAGCCCCCCUCUCAGCCCCCCUCGCCACCAAGGAAAACCAAGAGACAACGCACAGCUUCGACAGCUCCCACCCACCUAGAGUCGAGCACAGUAGCCUCUGCUCCCGCUGCGGGAUCUCGGCGACCUGCUCGAAACCGUCCCGCCAUGUCACAACCGAGCUCCUCGUCCCAAGCCUCCGAUGCCGCCUCUAGAGCACGAGCUUCCUCUUCUAACGCACGGCGGAAAUCUAGUAGGAAUAGCAAAACGAGACCGUCGGAGAAAGACGCCUUGCCGUUGAGGCCCGGUAGUCGGGGUGAAUUCUCGGACUCUCCGUUCACAGCGGAUGCAGAUGCUCGAAGCAGCCAGACAUCACACCGACGACAAAAGAAGCCUUCGCCAAAGCAAAGCCCAGACACCCCCAUGAGGGACGUAGACGAUGUGCCAAGUGAGCCUGAACCUACGAGAGAUGACGAGGAUGAUGAGGAAGAAGAGGAUGACGAUGAAGAUGCCGAGUCCUCCCCUCCAAGCGAAAGCAACGACAGCACGCACCCACCUGGCAUGAUGGAUGAUGACGACGCUGACCCGUUCCGGAGCGGUCUCUUUGGCUCACGCACCCCUCUCGGCCUACAAAACACGCUCAGAGCGCUCACGGGCAUGAUGACAGGCAUGUCUUCACGGUUACGCGAUAUUCUCGGUCGUCUGAGGAUGCGAGACGACUCAUCCAUGCAAUUGAUAGCCCUGCAAGAACUAUCCGAUCUUCUGCUAGUCUCCAAUGAAGAUAAUCUGUCUGGCCAAUUCUCUCCGGAUCCAUAUGUCAAAGAGCUGGUGGCUCUCAUGCAACCAAGUGAUUUUGGCGAAGAGAACCCUGAGAUUAUGCUUUUGGCGUGCCGAUGUCUCGCCAACCUAAUGGAGGCUCUCCGAGGCUCCGUGACCAAUGUCGUCUACGGUGGAGCAGUCCCAGUUUUGUGUCAAAAGCUGCUGGAUAUUCAAUUUAUUGACCUAGCUGAGCAAGCAUUGAGUACUCUAGCAAAAAUCUCCGUCGAUUUCCCCGCAUCCAUAGUCCGUGAAGGUGGUCUCACUGCUUGCCUGACAUAUCUAGAUUUUUUCCCUACGAGCACCCAACGAACUGCUGUGACGACUGCUGCCAACUGUUGUCGGAGUCUUCCUGGCGAUUCGUUCCCCGUUGUCAGAGAUGUCAUGCCCACCUUGCUUAAUGUUCUCUCCAGUAGUGACCAAAAGGUUGUUGAGCAGGCCUGCCUUUGCGUGUGCAGGAUCGUCGAAAGCUUCAAAUAUAAGCCUGAAAAAUUGGAAGACCUGAUUGAGCCGGCCAUGCUGAAAACUAUUCUUCGCCUUCUCUUGCCAGGAACUACCAACUUAAUCGGGCCCCAUAUCCACACUCAAUUCUUGCGAGUUCUCGGCAUUGUUGCUCAGGCUAGCCCUCGCUUGUCGGUUGAAUUGCUUCGCAUGGAUGUCGUGGAUACACUGUAUCAGAUUCUGACUGGAGUUUCUGCGCCGCGCGAGGUUGAGGCCGGCGUCAAAAUUGACAAUGUGGUCAUCAUGCAAGCAUUAAUCCACCGUCCGCGAGAACAAGUCUUUGAAAGCUUGAGUGUUAUCUGCGAACUUCUUCCCAGCAACGAGAAUACCGACAGUAGUUCCCGGUUUGACGAUGUAUUGGCCACCGCCGGGAUUCGCAGUCGUUUCGGUUCCCAUUCUUCCUCCAAAGCUAAGGAGUCGGCAGAAAAGAGGCGCACACUAUUUACAGAGUGUAAAACCGAGCUCAAACGUUUUGCUAUGGUGCUGCUCCCAACUCUGACUGACGCAUAUUCAAGCACUGUGAACCUGGGAGUCCGCCAAAAGGUUCUAUUAGCGCAACUCAAGAUGCUUCAGAAUAUAGAUGCCGAUGUGAUUAAAGAUGCUCUGCGCACAGUACCUUAUGCCUCGUUUCUGGCCGCCAUUUUAUCCCAGAAAGACCACCCGAUCUUGGUGUCUUGUGCUUUACAAUGUGCCGAGCUUCUUUUCGAACGAUUGCAGGAAAUAUAUCAGUAUCAGUUCCAUCGCGAAGGUGUGAUAUCCGAGAUUGCUGGCUUAGCGGAGAAGCCUUUGACAACUGAAAAUACCACCAAGGCUGGAGAUGAACGUGGCAUUCCAGAUCAAAAUACGGAAGCCCGGUCUGACUCCAGGGCCACCAGUGAAGACUUGAGUGCUACACGUGAUGAUAGUCAAGAUGAAGACGAGGACCAAGAUGAGGACGAAGACGAUGAAGAUCAAGAUAAUGACGACGUGUCUGAAUCGGAGAGUUCCACAUCUUUCUCUAUUCAUCGCCCGCUUUCUCACAGUGUGGAUUCUGUGAUGAACGACAACGUCACCAUCGCUGCUCGAGCCUUUCUUAAAAUUUACGAAAAGUCAGAAAUAACGAAAUCGACCUCAGAAAAGGCCACACGGAUUCUCAAGGACCUUGAAACAUUAGCUUCUGACAUCAAGUCAUCAUAUUUGGGCGAGAGCAUGGAAGACCCCGUCGCCCUCUUUCAGAAACUAGCAACCUAUUUUGAAGGCGACGCGUUGGAGAAUAUUACCAGCUCUGAGCUACUGAAAUCCGGCAUUAUCGACGUCCUUCUGGACAUAUUCGGGUCCGCUAGCUCUUCUCGUGAGGCACGAACGAACUUUGUACAGGCUUUCCUGAGUACCACCAUUCCAGAGAAAGCCCGUAGUCAAAUCUCAUCCAAAACUGCAUUUAGUGUGUUGGUCCAGAAAUUGCACGACCUAUUCAGUCGCACAGAACACUUUGAAGUGAUGACUGUUGGUCACAAUUCUCUCGAAAACACGCGAAGCAAUGCGACAUAUAUGCUUGGAAAACAAGUCCGACUUAAGCUAGUUGCCGAUGAAGCCUCUGAUAUCCCGCGUCCGUACAAGAACAUGAUGGUCUCGAUUCAUGCCAUUGCGACAUUCAAGUCUCUCGACGAUUUCCUGCGUCCUCGGAUUAGCUUGUCCGACCGUCCACGGGCGUCACGCAACCGUGAUCUUCUGUCUCAUCUUACCGGCGGUGAACGAUUUCGAGAGUCUCCAAAUGCUAGUCAAGGUCCAUUCGAUGGAGAGCCUCAGAAUCCUACCCUUCCGUCCUCUCGAGCGGAUACAACACCACGCCAGAACCGCACUUCUAGUGAUUCAAAGAACACAUCUACUACUCCACACUCUCCAGUAGCUGGUCGAGAGCGUCGACAUGGAACUCGUCGGUCAAGUCGCAACCAGCCAUCAAACAUUGACGAUGAUGAGCCUCACGAUGACCGUCCCUUGGAAUGUGCAGAUGAAAAACAACUUAGCGAUGAAGACAAUGACGACGACGACAUGGAAGAUAACGGCGAGGAUGAGCUGAACGCUAUUGUUGAUGAUUUGGAAGACGACCUUUCGGACGAUCCUGGCCCUGAACCAACCGCAGUUAAUAUGGAAAUCGCAUCCACUGGCAAGGUUACUGCUCGCAAAGACGACGGCACUCGCGUCUCAACCCCUUCCCAAUCUCAGACUCUUGGUCGAGGUUCCUCUUCAGCUUCGGCCUCUGCUCUCGCUGCCCUGAGUGGUGAUUCAUUGGCAAUGGCUGGUCGGCCCUUCUCGUCGUAUGCAGCAGCAAUGGCAUCUGUCCCACAGGAUUGGCACCUCGAGUUUAGCAUUGAUGACCAUGCGAUCAAAAACGAAACAACCAUUUACAGGGCGAUCCAUCAUAGCCGGGAACACAUUGAAGAUGUCAGUCCCAGUAUUUGGUCCGCAAUACAUACUAUAAAAUUCCGGCGUGUUCCAGGACCACCGCCAGCCGAGUCAUCAUCCCUUGCCUCUGGCUCACAGGAUGAAGCUGCUCGUGAUGACAAGACCGAUCUCCCCCAAUCUCUAAGCAAACACUCCACCACUGCGUCCAUUCUGCAAUUGUUGCGAGUACUCCACGAGAUAAAUGCUCAUCUUGAUGAUCUGAUCGCUGAAAGCAAGGAUCUAAUUGCUGUCAAAGCCGAGCCAUUGUCGCAGUUUAUCAAUACUAAACUCACUGCAAAAUUGAAUAGACAAUUGGAAGAACCAUUGAUCGUUGCCAGCAGUUGCUUGCCAAGCUGGAGCGAGGAUCUCGCGCGCGAAUUCCCUUUCUUGUUCCCUUUUGAAACUCGCCAUCUCUUCCUACAAUCCACUGCCUUUGGGUAUUCCCGCUCGAUGAUGCGUUGGCAAAAUUCGCAGCCCGAAGACAGCCGUCGCGAUCAGCGCCGUGACGAUCGCCCAUUCCUUGGUCGGCUUCAACGACAAAAGGUCCGGAUAUCUCGCACCCGCAUCCUCGAGUCGGCCAUGAAAGUGAUGGAACUAUAUGGGUCUUCUCCCAGUAUACUUGAAGUCGAGUACUUUGAAGAGGUCGGCACUGGUCUGGGCCCAACCCUGGAGUUCUACUCUACCGUUUCGAAAGAAUUCUCAAAGAAAAAGCUCAAGCUCUGGCGCAAUAACGACUCCGACUCUCGAAGCGACUAUGUGUUUGGCAAACACGGUCUAUUUCCAGCUCCGAUGAGUGAUCGACAAGCUGAAUCAGAAUCGGGCAAACGGCAGCUCCAGCUUUUCAAAGCCCUCGGAAAGUUUGUAGCUCGCUCCAUGCUAGAUUCUCGGAUUAUCGAUAUUAGCUUCAAUCCUACACUCUUCCGCGUGGUUUCGCCUUCCUUCACCCCGUCGCUUGGCAGUGUGAAAACAGUGGAUCGGGAUCUUGCCAACUCGCUACUACUUGUGAAACGUUUUGUCAAUGCCAAGAAGCGUAUCUCUGAAGAUUCGUCUCUUUCUGCUGACCAAAAAGCUCAAGCGGCCGAGGAUAUCGAAGUUGAUGGUGUUCGCGUCGACGACCUAGGCUUGGACUUUACAUUACCCGGGUAUCCAUCCAUUGAGCUGGUUUCUGACGGUUCUAAUAUUGCCGUGACAAUUGAGAACGUCGACUUGUACCUAGAGCGCGUCAUCGACCUCACAUUGGGCAGUGGAAUCCGCCCUCAGGUCGAAGCCUUCCGAUCUGGAUUCUCGCAGGUGUUCCCGUAUUCAGCACUGCGAGCCUUUACUCCUAAUGAACUUGUCAUGCUCUUUGGGCGAGUCGACGAGGAUUGGUCGAUCGAAACACUUAUGGACUCGAUCAAAGCAGACCAUGGCUUCAACAUGGAUAGUAGGAGUGUACGCAACUUGCUUCAAACCAUGAGCGAGUUGGAUGCCCAAAAACGACGGGACUUUUUACAAUUUGUGACUGGAAGCCCCAAGCUUCCUAUCGGAGGUUUUAAGAGCCUCACCCCCAUGUUCACUGUGGUUUGCCGCCCAAGCGAGCCGCCAUAUACGUCAGACGAUUAUUUGCCUAGUGUGAUGACUUGUGUCAAUUACCUCAAGUUACCUGACUAUAGCAGCUUAGAAGUCCUGCGCGAACGACUCAUUGUGGCCACCCAAGAAGGCCAGGGAGCGUUCCACCUUUCAUGA